AGGGCAGUGUGCCUUGAGGACCAGGAUUGGGAAACAGUGCUUAACCAUGUCUGCCUGUUUGCUUUGAGCUGUUUAUAUCUGAAGUUCAGUGUGCUCUGACUGCUCUAAAAUGUUUAAAUAACAAAACAUGUUUUACAUGUUUCCUUGGUGACAGAAAACAUGCAGAAAAAAGGGAACAGCGAUAAAACCAGGGAGAAGUGAGAGAGAGCGGGAACAAAGACUGGCCGAUGCUGAAGUGGGCAGGGUCUGAAAGACCAGCUGUGGUUGAGGAAGAGAGGCAGGAGUAUAAGUUCCCCACUUCCCUCUGCCAGCGUCACUUUCUAAGCCGGCCAGCAGUGAGCAUCUGCAUCUCAUUUCUCACUUCACUCUCCACAAAGCCAAACCUUCUCCAAGAUGAGCUUCAGAACCUCCAGCAUUCAGCAGAUUCCCUCCAGCCGGAUCUCCAUGACCCGCUCCGCACCCCAGUACCGUGCAGCCAGCAUUUAUGGGGGUGCUGGUGGGCAAGGAACCCGCAUUUCCUCUGCCUCUGCAUCAUCCCUGCGUUCUGGUGCUCCAAUGUCAUCUUCCUCAAGUGCUUUCAAGCUGAGCAGUGGAAUGGGUGGUGGCAUGGGGUCUGGAUAUGGCGGUGCCAGCAUGUCUGCAGGAAUGGGUGCCGGUGCCAGCGCUGGUGGUGGGAUCAUGGGAAACGAGAAAGGGGCCAUGAAAAACCUGAAUGACCGCCUGGCCAAUUACCUGGAUACGGUGAGAAACCUGGAACAGGCCAACAAAGAGCUGGAGAUAAAGAUCAGGGAAGCCUUGGAGAAGGGGGGCCCUGACUUGAGAGACUCCAGCAAGUACGACGCCAUCAUAGAAGACCUACGGAGACAGAUCUUUGAUAAGGUUGCUGAUAAUGCUCGCUUAGUCCUUCAGAUUGAUAACGCCCGCCUCGCUGCUGAUGACUUCAAAGUAAAGUUUGAGAAUGAGAUGGCAAUCCGGCAGUCUGUGGAGGGUGACCUUGGUGGGCUGAAGAAAGUCAUAGAUGAAACCAAUAUUGCCAGGAUGAACAUUGAGAACGAGAUUGAAGUUGUGAAGGAGGAACUCCUCUUCUUGAAGAAGAAUCAUGAGAAUGAGGUAAUGGAACUGAGAAAUCAGAUCUCCCAUUCGGGUGUUCAAGUGGACGUAGAUGCUCCUAAAGGUCAGGACCUGGCCCAGAUCAUGGAGGACAUGAGAUCAAACUAUGAGAAGAUCGCUCUAAAGAAUGCGGAAGAUCUCAAACGCUGGCAUGAAAAUCAGAUGGCAGAUGUUCAGGUGCAGGUUUCCCAGAACACAGAAGCUCUUCAGGGGGCCCAAAUGGAGAAGAGUGACUCCUCCAGACAGAUUCAGACCCUGGAAAUUGAACUUGCGUCCCAAAAGAGUUUAAAAGCUUCUUUAGAGGACACUUUGCGCAACACAGAGCUACGUAACAACAUGGAAAUGGAGAAGUACAAUGACCAGAUUGUCCGUCUGGAAGAAGAACUAACAAACUUGCGUGCAAACAUCCAAGAUCAGACCCAUGAAUAUGAGGCACUGCUCAACAUGAAGAUGAAACUUGAGGCUGAGAUCAGCACUUACAAGACUCUGCUGGAUGGUGGAGAUUUCAGGCUCCAGGAUGCAGUGGAUGAGAUGUUAGCCACAAGCUAGUUUAGAACAAAGAAUCCAGAGGUUUCCAGAUCCAACAAGCCCCCAAUUUUUUUUCCUUAAACCAAUUUUAAAGAAUAAAGAACCACUGCUCGGCAUUAUGGAAAUAAAUGAAACCAACUUGUGAGACA